AUGAAACCCAAUAAAAAGUGUCCAAUAUCAUGAAAGAUAAUUGAGCCAUUUGUUGAAAAAAUCCAAGAUGAAAAAAAGUACGGUUUCAGAAUAAGCCAAGGGAUAGUGAAAAGACACUUCUAUGUCAAAUCAUUGACAGAACUUGAUGACUGGCUUGAUCGUCUAUCAAGAGUUGCCAUAAUGACAGAUAUCAAAAAUGAUUUUGACUUCAAAUCAUUACUGGGCACAGGGAGCUAUUCUUAUGUAUAUCUGGCAACUGAUCUUGAAAAUGGUCAAGAAUAUGCCAUAAAGUGCAUUCCUAAGUACCAAUUGCAGUCGAUUGAACACUUUUCAGCCUUAAUAAAUGAGAUAGAAAUCAUGAAAAGUCUUGAUCAUCCUAGGAUCAUAAAAAUUCAUAAAAUAUAUGAGAGCCCUCAUCAUGUACAUUUAGUCCUUGACUAUGCUCAAGGGGGUGAUUUAUUUCAAAGAAUUGGAACAAAUGGUCCUAUUACGGAGAAAAAGGCCAUAAUUCUUAUAAAAAACCUACUAAAUGUCAUAGAAUACUUAAAUUCUAAAAAUAUUGUGCACCGGGAUAUUAAGUUGCAAAACAUUUUUAUGGUUUCCAAAAAUAAUGACACUGAAAUCAAACUCGGCGAUUUUGGACUUUCAUGCAUAAAUACAGAAAAAUUAACUCAAAUAUGUGGCUCUCCUGGAUUUACAGCUCCAGAAAUAUUAAAAAGAGACAUCUAUGGAAGCAAAGUUGAUGUUUUUAGCGUUGGGAUAGUCUUAUUUAUGCUGCUUACGGGCAAAACCCCAUGGUCUGCAAAAAAUAAAAAAGAGCUAGUUCUGCAGAAUCGUGAUUGUAAAGUUCCUUUUGCUGAAGCACUUUCACAUAAAUAAAAAGGCGACGUCACCGAUCUGUCCCUCAGACAUUUUUGAGCUUGGGGACCUUGCUGUGACCUGAAGCCAAACCGAACAGAAACGGAGUCUGCAUUUGUGUUCGGUUGGGUUUUUUUGCCUACUCGUCCAGAAAUGAAGACUUUGUGCCUUCCUGAUAGACAAUUUGGGAAAAAUGAUUUUUUACCCCUAGAGACUACUUCGUGGAAAUGUUGGCAUAGCCAGCGAGGCUCGCUAGCAGCUGAACCAGUCUUCUAUGAAGACUCGUCUCGGGUGAGACGUAAAAAAGGAAGAGCCAAUCUAUAAUUAAUGCUGAUGUAAAUUCUGAAGCACUUUCAAGCCAAAACUCAAGAGAAAUGAUAAAGUUGGUUAAAAAGCUAAUGAUGCCAAAUCCAAACUCAAGACCAAGUGCUUCUCAGAUUCUUACUCCCCCAUCCAUCCGUGCGCGAACAAAAAAAUUUUGUUCACUCAUGAAGGGGAGUUAAUUUUUUUUUUUAAAAAAUUUAUAUAUAAAUUUUAUUGUCAAUUUUUUUUCCUUACUCCCCCCCCCCCCCUCCGUGAGCGAACAAAAAAUUUUGUUCGCUCACGGAGGGGGGUUAAUUUUUUUUUUUAAAAAAAAUUUAUAUAUAAAUUUUAUAAAAAAUAUUUUUUUCGAAAUUUAAAAAAAUCCUAAUUUGCAAAAAUUGGGAAGCAAAUAUUAAUUUAAUUUGCAAAAUUUAUGUUUUAAAACGCAAAUUUGUUUAAAAUUAAACAGAAUUAGCUCUAGAUUUCAUUAUACUAAUUAUCACUUAUAUAUCAAAAUUUUUUCCAUUAAAAUUUUUUCUAUUAAAAAAAUUUUUUGUUCACUCACGGAGGGUGGGUUUUUGGUCAAAAAAUGGCGAUUUUUCUAAUGGUUUUGUUCGCUCACGGAGGGGGGGGGGGGGAGUUAAUUAAUUGCUUAUUAAAAAUUUUUGUUCGCUCGGAGGGUGAAUUUUUGGGGCAAAAAUUAGGGAUUUUUCUAAUGGUUUUGUUCGCUCACAGAGGGGAGGAGUUAGAAGCAGAUACUUACGUGAAGCAGAAGAUUCAAUUCGGCCAAGAAGAAGAUCUCAAUCAGUCUGUGGAAGCAUUUUAUAUGAAAAAAAUAAUGAUCAAGGAAAUAAAGAUAAUAAUCAGAGAGAGAUUAAGAUUAGAAAGGGUUAAAACGGGGUUUAUUUCAACCCCUGAUCCAUUCGAGCUUCAGCUUCACGUUCAUGUGGCGCUAAGCAAUAAAACCACUUAACGCCCUUUUCUGAUGACGUCGGCAUUUUCGGGGAGACUCACCCUAACCUACUGGAACAAAAAAAUUCAGCAAAGGACUCUCUUAACUCCUGGUAGUGCUCAGGGUAUGAGGGAGUCGUCCGAUGCCUCCUUCUGGAACUACCUCUGCCAUUUCAGGCAACAUAAUGCUCCUCCAGAAAUCCUCGAUUGGUAUUGCGCCACUAGUCUUCUUGUCUAUGGGUCGAGGGGGAGGCCCAGUUAGCCCAGACCGCACCCAUCUCGGAAUUCUGCGACCUGACCCCGUGGCCUUUCUAUCAGUUUUUUAUUUUUCUGGCAAAAAUUUUGAGUUCAUCCUGUCGCUCCAAAAGCCAUCUUGUGGCCAUGUUUGAGUAAAUUUAGAUAAUAAUGAAGAAUCUAAAUUUGUAGAAAAUAAUCAAAAAGGAGCUACAGAUCGGCAUGCUAAAUUUGAAAGCGUUUUAAGGCUACUUUAUGAAUCCAAGCGUUGGGAAACUGAAAGUAAAAAUUGCUGAGGUUUGUAA